AUGGAGUACCCCCAGCUGUACCGACCUAAACCCCUAAAGCUUGCCUGUGGGAAGAUUGGCCAGUACCGAAGAAUUCAGCAAUCCAAAAGGAAAAAUGGCUCAUUCAAAGGCAAGGGGAUAGAAAGAUGGCAUAGAGCUGUGUCUACCAACUUAGCUAAACAAAAUGUAUUGGUCCCCAAUGAGGAAUCACUGAAUGAAAGUGACUUGGAGUUUCCAGAAAGCCAAAAUUAUCAGAAAAAAAACCUGAUGGAGAAAAUAAAGCAUGCUUUCGGGAAAAUGCUGCCCUGCAAAUGUGGAAGCCAGUCAGCCCGUGCCAGCAGGGAGAGCUCUGCAGGGCAGAGGGAAGCCGCCCUCUCCAACACACAAGGCCUGCUGCCUAGACUUGUCAAGGAGCUUCCAUCCCCCAAGUUGUUUACCAAGCCGAGGAUGAGGAGGCUCUCACAGAACGCAACUAUACAGCUCGAUGUUGUAGAAGCAGAGGCGGAAGAGGUAACAGGAGGAAACCGGCUCCUCCGAGCCAGAAGAACCACCAAGCGGUUAUCUGUGACUUCACUUCCUUCGGGGCUGCAAAAGGUACCAUAUUCAUCAAAAAAGAGACCACACUUUCCAGCACUUAAAAAGAAGAAACGGAGCAUGGAAGGCAUCCUCCAGAAACCAGAUCCAACAGUGGGAAAGCUUCAAUUGCAGGUGGAUGACCUCAUAGAAAGAGUGACUGACAAAUCCAUGAAGCUGCUGGCCCAAAGACAUGCUGAGCUCCAGCAAUGCGAGUUUCUAGGGGCCGAGAUCCUUCAGUCUUCGAAGCAGUUCCAAAGGCUUUCCAAGAGAACCACAAGGAAGUACAAGCUGAGGAGGGCAUGCUUCCCAUGCACCUGCUGCUGCUUCUGAGGACCGAGUUCACAGCCCAGCAGCAAGAGCCUGUCUCAGACAAGGUGGGAGACAAGCAGGGGCCGUCAUGAGCCUGACCUAUGCUACAGCAGGUGCACUCCUCUCACACAAGCACGUAAGCAUGUCUUAUACACACAAGCAGGGGCCGUCAUGAGCCUGACCUAUGCAACAGCAGGUGUACUCCCUCUCACACAAGCACGUAAGCAUGUCUUAUACACACAUGCAGAGAAAUACGUAGUUUUAAAAAUGACUCUAAAGAGCUUGGUGUUGGUGGCACAUGCCUUUAAUCCCAGCACUAGGGAGGCAGAGGCAGAUGGAUCUCUGUGAUUUCAAGGGAGUUCUAGGACAGGCUCCAAAGUAAUACAGAGAAAUUCUGUCUUGAAAAACAAAACAAAAAAGACUCCUAAAGAACAAAAGAGUGGAGAGGAAACAUUUAUUAGCCACAUUUCUCAAGUACUAACAGAGAGAUGCAGAAAAGCAAUGUACCAGCAAUUCUUAACAGUGUGGAACUUUCCCUGUAGUGAACACAUACCACACGUAUUGAUCAUGGCCCCUCUAAAGCCUAUUCAUGGACUUCCUUUUCAAAAGUGGUUCCCGAAUGCAAUCUUCUUAGAAUCCUCAGCUGAUCUUAUAAGGCAACUGUUACCAGUUACCUAAUUUUGAAUAAGCAAAGAUCCAAUUUGAGAAAUUUUAUUAAAUGUUUUCAGAUGUUAAAUUCUACCUUUAAAGAUAAAAAUGCAUUUAAAAAAUACACAUACACCAAACACAUUUCCUUUGUGAAAAGAAAUAUGAGUAAGACACAAAUUAAUAUUUAAAAGCAAAGCAUUUCACUGCCAAAGUCACAGUCAAAGUUGAAGAAUCUCAAAAUGACAACAAACUGAACCCUGUGCGCCCACGCAGCAUUUCACUGCCCCUGCAAAUGGGGAUGGCCGCUGUCUAGGGCUUAGGGUCUGCUUCCAUGGCACUUUCUUGAGUUUCGUCCACCUCUGACAGCUUGUCGUCAUCUGUAGGUAAGAAGAAACAAAACCUCAUUCUUUGUGCCCACAUUUUAUGCCCAGUGCAUACAUAAAAAGUUUUCUCUUGUAUUAGCAAAUACACUUAAAACAAGCAUGGCAAAAUGACAAGUUAUGGAUGUAAAUGACUCAACAGGUAAAGGCACACACAUCUUGCUGAGCCUAGUGAUUUAGGCUGGAUCCUGGGACCCACAUGGGGAAGAAGAGAACUGACUGCUACAGACUGUCCUCUGGCCUCCACACCCGUGCCAAAGUCAUGUAUGCAAUCGUCUCCCCCAAACACACAAAUAAAUGUGACACAUUUUUUAAA